AGUGUAGUUCUUCUCAGUUCAGCAAACAAAUAUGGCGCAGUUGUYUUUGUUGUUUAUAUUGAGCUUCGUUGCUUCGAGUUUUGCUUCUUCUUCUCUCCUUGGAGGGAUAGAAAAAGUAGACCCUAAGGAUCCUGAGCUACUCAAGGCGUUAAGCUAUGCAGUGGAUCUGUAUAAUAUGCGUUCAAACAAUCUUUAUCGUCAAAUGGCGACUGAAGUUAAAGACGCUACAAAACAGAUUGUUGCUGGAGAAAAGUUCUGCAUUGUAACGGUGAUGGGGACAUCACGGUCAUGUCGAAAUGAGGAAAAACACAAAUCAGCCACGCUACAAGAAUGUCCUGUCGACCAUCUUAAUAUGCAAUGUAAGUUUGAAGUGCUUAUUGCACCAUGGCAGAAGAAGAGCCCUGAAGAUCUCCUCAACUUUGAAUGUGCGGGUCUCAAUGAAGAGUUAUCCUGCACACCUCCUGCAGAAAUUUCUAACAACAAUCACGAUGAAAAUGUCAACAUGAUACAUGCAAACAAAGUCAAACUACAGCCUGUGAAUGACGAAGAAAAACUUCAGCUACAAAUGUUUGAUGAUUUCGUUGAGAAGUAUGAGAAAAACUAUGCRCAUGACAAGAUAGAAUACCUGCGUCGGUUCAAGAUAUUCCAACAAAACUUGGUACGGGCUAGGAAGAUGAAAGAAAUGGAUUCUGGGACAGCUGAGUAUGGUGUUACUCAAUUCAGUGACCUCACAGCUGAGGAAUUCCAGAAGUCAUACAUGAUGCCAGGUUGGGGCAAGCCUCUGUACGAGAUGAAACAAGCAAAGAUUCCCAAGGGUGAUAUCCCAGAUAGCUUUGACUGGAGAAMAAAAGGUGCUGUUACUGCUGUUAAAAACCAGGGUGUUUGUGGAUCUUGUUGGGCUUUUUCUACCACCGGCAAUGUUGAGGGACAGUGGGCAAUAAAGAAAGGAGAGCUGUUGUCUCUCAGUGAACAAGAAUUGGUAGACUGUGACAAGGUGGACCAGGGAUGUAAUGGAGGGCUGCCUGCUAAUGCAUACAAGCAGAUUGAAAAACUUGGUGGCCUAGAGACAGAGAAGGAGUACCCAUACAGUGGUAGAGACAGCAAGUGCCAGUUUGACAAGUCUGAAGUAAAAGUCACUAUUAAUGACUCUGUCGCAAUCUCYAAAGAUGAAAAUGAAAUGGCUGCCUGGUUAGUCAAGAAUGGUCCAAUCUCCAUUGGAAUCAAUGCUAAUAUGAUGCAGUUUUACCUUGGAGGAGUUGCCCAUCCUUGGAAGAUUUUCUGUAGUCCUAGCAGCCUGAACCAUGGUGUAUUGAUCGUAGGAUAUGGAGUCAAACAUGGCCUCUUCGGCAGCACCCCAUAUUGGAUUAUCAAGAAUAGCUGGGGAGCAAGCUGGGGUGUACAGGGUUAUUAUCUUAUCUACCGUGGAGGUGGCUGUUGUGGUCUCAACACUGCUUGUACCUCAGCUGUUGUUGACUAACCUAAUCACAGACUCGACUCUUAAUGUCAUGAAAUAUUUUUUAUAUAUUUAAUUCCCUUUCUAUCUCACUACACCAUUUUGAACUUUUUUUACGAAUCAUAGAAUCAAAAGAAACCAAAAGCUUCGAAAGCUAUUCAAUGUACCAAAAAUACACAAGUUCAAUUUUUACAUUUACUUCAAUUUUUACACAUAUAAAAUUGUAGAAUAGAAAUGCAUUUAUGCUCAA